AGUCACAGUUCCGGCAAACAUCCGUUGGUCGAAGAGCUCUUAUCCUGGUUCACCCAGAAUGGAGGCUGGCUGAGUCCGGAUAUUCAGAUUGUCUACAGCGAGUCUCAAGGCCAUCACAUGCGAGCGCUUAGGCCAACAACACCAGAGGUGGUGACUUGUCCUUUGAAGCUGACGCUUUCGAGCCUCAACCUAGACCCUGAUCGGAAAGAGGUGUUACCAAUUACGAGCCCCCUACAGCAGUGUCGUGGCAAGAUACCAGACCACAUACUAACGUAUCUGCUCUUGAUUGAACAGCGCAACCAAGGCAAGGACUCGCCAUGGCACUACUAUAUCGCAUGUCUGCCUGGAGUGGCGAGUAUGACCACGCCUUUGUGGUUCGAUGAAGAGGAUGUGGCUUUCCUUGCUGGCACUAGCCUAGCGCCUGCUCUCAAAGAAAGGAAGGUAGACUAUCAAAAGCAGUGGGAGCACGCCGUCAACGUCUUGAAAGAGGUCGGUGUUGCGUGGGCUGAUGAAGUAGAUUUUGAAUCACUCCUCUGGGCCGCCACCAUAUUCACAUCCCGAGCAUUCAUCUCAACACAUAUCCUACCAGAGAUCGAGACCGUCCCUAUCCUCUUCCCAGUUGUCGACAUCCUCAACCACUCCGUCACCGCCAAAGUAGAAUGGGACUUCAAACCGCACCAAUCCUUUACCCUCCGCUGCCUCAACAGUUCCAGCUUUACUGCCAACGAAGAGCUGUUCAACAACUACGCACCGAAACAAAACGAUGAGCUGCUACUCGGAUACGGUUUCUGUCUCGCCGACAACCCCAUCGAACAAUUCGCUCUAAAACUCGCCUUCCCACCUGAACUUGUACAGUAUGCCACGCAGAUGGGGCUGAUGAAGCCAGAAAGUGUGCCAUUUGGCAUGGAUACAUCAUUCCUGCAGACGGACCCGAACAAAGAGCAAGACUUCCUCCGUGCCAAGGGCCAUCCAUUUGGGCGGUAUAAGAACCAUGUCCCGUACUUCCGCGGUGUGCCGCCAUAUAUCGUACACUUCUUCUUCAUCCAGACAGUCCUUUCCCUCGACAUAAGUCUGGACGACAUCGAUGUCGAAAGGCCAGGAGAGAGAAUCACGUUACAAGUCCUAGUCCUUCUCCACCAGGCCCUUACACAGCGGAGCUCCGCCCUCCCGCUCAUCUUUGCCACAGAGCCUCAGAACAUCAAGCAGCGCUUCGCAAAAUCCUACCGCGACGGCCAAGCACGCAUCAUCCACGCCGUACGCAGCGAACUCCAAUCCGCCAUCGACAGUCUCCUUAUCCCCGCCAACACUCCACUGCCACAGCGCUCAGCACUUCUAACCAUCUCCAACGGCCUCGCCGCCCUGCGCGCCGAAUACCCCGCCGCCUUCACCAAAUUCUCAGCCGGACUCAACAAGCACCACCUCAACAAGCACCGCCUCAACAAUCCGCAAAUUGAGCGAACGGUCUGGACAAUUCUACUUGUAGUUUAUGCCGCUCUGAUCCUCACCAACACCGAUAAUGCUGGCGGCGAGAAUUCCACACUCCUCACAUCCCUGACUUCUACACACGCCCUACCGAGGGUGGAAGACGGCAUCGAAGACGCGGAAACAUACACGUUCCUAGACGAAAACCUUGACGACUUCUUGGUGCUGGAGGGCCAGGGAGAAGAACUAGGGCCGAGUGAUGUGCUGGAUGAUUUGGGGGUGACGUUUGUGGAGGCGAAGGGGGAGAAAGCGUUUGUCAAUGGACCCACGGAGAAUCUGGGCGUUAGGCUGCUGAUGUGGGGGAUGGGUGUUGCGCAGGCUGAGGUCUUGCCGGUUGUUGGGGUGGAGGGAGUGGAGAUGUGUUUGUUCGUCGGAGCUGAGGAAGACGGGGAGUGGAUGUACAAAGAGAUCUCA